UUACUGCUUUUUCACUGUUCUGGACUUCAAACUCGAUACUCUAUCAGCUAUAAUUCGUUUGUCUUUCUGUUUCCUGUCCUAGUGUUACAGAUUUAUAAUUUAAACCAUUUUUCUCAAGGAGUCCCUUUGCUCCCCACUUCCCAGCCAGUUUUAUACCUGCACCUAUGGUUUAGAAACCAGGAGGUCUUGUACCUUUCUUGUACCUUUCUUUCCCUAAUGGUACUGGGUCUUUAUGCCACUUAAGAUGGAUCUUUGGUUUUAGAUUCAUUGGUUUCAGAAAAUACAAUCCAAGUAACAUAAAAUACAGGUGUUCUUUCUUGUCACUAGGUGUCAGCAUUAAUUUUAUUAUGAUCUUUUCGUGAAAUUGAUAGAAAAGAAAGAUUGCCUGGCAGGCUCUUUGUAUGUAUCGUUUCAAUUUAAAUGGUUAUUUUUACUUAAAUUAUUUGCUAAAAAAAAUCAAGAGACUUAAGUAUAUGUUCUGGCAUCUGCUAUAUACAUUACUUAAGUUCCUUCCAUUGUGUUUACUUGAAUACGAAGUAAGGCUGGAUAAGCCCAGAAGGGAACAAUAAUAGUACAGUUAGUAGGGGAGGGAGGAAAAAUAAAAUAAAAAAGAAUACAGUUAGCUUUCCUAAAGCAAAGUUGUAAUCCAUGGGCUAGUGUAUGCAUUAUUAAGAUAGGCAUUUUGCUUUUUUUCUCCCUCUUCCUCUAAAACAUCAGUCUUCCCUGUUCCUAGCACCGAACUUAAAGAGCAGGUGCGUAACCCAAGUACUCAGUGUUCUGUAUUUUCUAUAAAAGAUCUCUGACCUGGAGUUGCUAUAACAAUAUAUUUCAAUUAUUUUUCCAGGUUAGUUGAUGAUAGUCUUUGCCUCCUGUAACCAUAAAUAAUUGAAAUUUGAUUUUCCAGCCUACUGGUUUCUGAGGGUCUGUCUGAAUGCCUUAUUCAAUUGGCUCUCUUCCUGCUACUAAAUUUUGCUUCCCAAACAUAUGCAGCCUGAAAAUUCUGGCUCCAUAGAAAUAGCUUAAAUAUUUAAUUCCUAUCAUACGUUAAAAUGUAUCUGACUGAAUAUUACUUUUCAAAUGGCAAGGUAUGCGCUUUGAGUUCGAUGCUUUCCCACAGAAAGACAAAUUCGUGUUGAUGUGGCUUUGGUGUGUCACUCAGACCCUUAAUAGGGACCUGAGAGCCUUGAAACAAGUAGCCAGGGGUAAGGAUGGAGACUAGCAGAGCUAGCUUUGAACGUGCUACUUUGACUAUUGAGGAUAAUAGAGAUGGUGGUUCCCCUCCCUGUAAUUCCGGUGGUGCUCCUGCAAAUAGAGUGCAUCUGUUAUAUUUCAGAACAUAAAUAUGACUGCAUGGUAAAUCAAGAAUUCUUGCUAUUAUUUGGAAUAGAGAUUUCCAGUCAGCAGCCAAGUAUGUAAAGCCAUGCUCUGCCCCAAGAGACUUGUCUAGAUCACUCUAGAGAGUAGACUCUGCUGUUUAUAGUUCCUUUCAUGGUUGGUUUGUUUUAACAUGGGAGAAAGCUUUAGUUAUAGAUUGGGUUGGUAGUAGGGACAACGAAGAGGCCUUUUUCUUUUGUUUGAGUUAGGCCUCUUCUCUGCCUCUUCUCACCCUCUGCUAGAAGUUCUUGACGUUUUGUCUCAGUGUAUCUACCUUUAUACUCCUUUUAAAGGGUUUGAUGGUCCCAAGACCUUACCUUAGAAAGUCCCAUAAAACACAAGCAUACAAACACACAUCCAUUAGCUGCCAGAAUACCAAGGCAAGGCAUUAUUACUGUAUUGCUCUAGAACCUCAGCUGGACACCUGUGAGUGAGUGCGAGUCACCUCUUUUCCAUUAUGAGGAUAGUUUGACCGUGCAGACUCCUGAAAGGGCCUUGGAAACCCCACCUACCACCUACCCUGAGAACCACUGCCCUUUUUACAGAGUAACCUGUGUUGUGGAUUUUGUUUUCCUCCCAGUUCUCUGCAGCAGGUACUGAAGGAAAGGUAAGGGUAAUAAUCUCCUAGGACAGUUCUUCCCUUCCUCACUCUUCCUGAGGACUCACAGAGGAAGAGUUCAAGCAACAGUCCUGCCCCGGUGUACUCAUGGAGAUGUAAUGGACAUACCCUUCCCAGCACACUUACGAAGCACCCGACUAAUAAAGGCAGAAAGCAUACAUAAAGGGUGUUGAAGUUAAGCAGGAAAAACUUCUUCGGGACCAUUGUUGGAACAUUGCCUGCAGAAAGGGCCUGGAAGGCAUGGAAGCACCUGGAAGGAUUGGCCGAGGGGCUGGCAUGAGCUUGAGUCUGGAGGUUUGUAAAAGAAUGGACUUGGUCUGUCAGAGAAUGUUGAAUCAGGGAUUUCUGAAAGUGGAGAGGUACCACAAUCUAUGCCAGAAGCAAGUUAAAGCACAACUGCCAAGGAGAGAGUCAGAAAGGAGAAACCAUUCUUUAGCUCGUCAUGCAGAUAUCCUUGCUGCCGUGGAAACGAGGCUGUCACUGUUAAAUAUGACUUUCAUGAAGUAUGUGGAUUCCAACCUCUGUUGCUUCAUCCCAGGAAAGGUGAUUGAUGAGAUUUACCGUGUACUGAGAUACGUCAACUCUACCAGAGCCCCUCAGCGAGCCCAUGAAGUACUACAAGAAUUGCGGGAUAUCUCCUCCAUGGCGAUGGAGUACUUUGAUGAGAAGAUUGUUCCAAUCCUGAAGAGGAAACUGCCAGGAUCAGAUGUAUCUGGAAGACUCAUGGGCUCUCCUCCAGUUCCUGGACCAUCUGCAGCCCUGACAACAAUGCAGCUCUUCUCCAAGCAAAACCCUUCAAGACAAGAGGUUACCAAACUCCAGCAGCAGGUUAAAACCAACGGUGCUGGCGUGACUGUUCUCAGGCGUGAAAUUUCUGAGCUCCGCACCAAAGUGCAAGAACAGCAGAAACAGCUUCAAGACCAAGACCAGAAACUGCUAGAGCAGACCCAGAUCAUAGGUGAACAGAAUGCACGGUUGGCAGAGCUGGAGCGCAAGCUCCGAGAGGUCAUGGAAAGUGCAGUAGGAACAUCUUCAGGGUCUGGGCAGAGUGAGGAGUCUCCUCGGAAGAGGAGGAAGGCAACAGAAGCCAUAGACUCUCUUAGGAAAUCCAAACGACUUCGGAAUAGAAAGUAAAUUGGAAUGUGGCUGUGGCUCCAGAGGGAGACAUCCAUGGCUGGGAGUUUAAGCAGGAGGCUGGAGCAACAUGGCGUCCCUUAGGCUUCCAGGCAAUCAGAACACAACUUACACUUGGCUCUUGUGGUUGGCAUCCUUCUCGCGCUUCUCUGGUGGAGCCGAUGCACAGAACCUCCUUACUUGCAAUAGAUCUGUACUAACCAGACCCAUGCUAUCAUAUUUGGCAUAUUUGGGAGCUAACGUUUUUCCUGUGCAGAUGAUGUGUUAAGUUUGUUUGUUUCAGCAUAUAUGCACAUUACAUACGGAUUUUAAACAAACCCAUUCUUGACAGACUAAAAAUUAAGUUUAAUACAUAAAAUGUCCUGUUCACUUGAAAGAAAAAAAAAUCUACUUUUUAAAUGGACACUAUCAUGUUUAAAAAAAAGUUGACUUUUUGUUUGUUAUAAGUGACCUUUGUCUGGAAUGUCUGAGAAGUAGUUAAUACUUUGGCAUUGAAGCAAUGGGUAACGGAAAGGACUGCGUAGGUUGACUGUAGCAGGGGCUCUACAGUCCUGACUGUCUAUUUUUAUAAGCUACUGGCAAGGGAUGUUUCCAAUUGCUAGAUACAGGCUUUCAGUUUUCUUUGGGGCCAUGUCCUGCAUUUGCAUGGAUGGAUGCAUGCAUUGCCUAGUCAGCACACUUCACAGCUCUUGCACUGGUGUUGAUCUUAAACCUCUAACACCACUUGUAGAGCUGUGCCUUUAUUGGUUUAAGCGCUUAACAUCUUCCUCUGCAGCUGCUUGCCUGUAGGGGGAGAAUCAUCAGUCCAUUUGUCCUCCGGUUUUGCAGACACAGGAGACUGUAAAGUCCACUGAUGUGUCUUUUCUCUGUAGGGUUCAGGUACACUGGCUAAGAGAGAACCCCAUAUCCAAGCCUCUUUCUGUAGAAGUCAGACCUCUGGGAACGAGUCAUGAUUCUGACUUGUCACUGUGCUCAUGGGUCAGUCAUGACUGAAGGAAAAAGUUCAUCGAAGAACAUUGUGUGUGCCGUGAGAAAGCGGUUUCACCAUUUCAUUUCUGGCCCAUGAGCUCCCAUGAUCCCUAAACAGAAGCUUUAGUUUUGUUUGCACUCCUGUUUUGAGCUCGUAACUGGAAAUGUGUGUCUUGCACUGUCCAACCCGAGUGGUCACUUUAACAACCUCCAAAUUGUGUAAAGUGCUUCUUUUCCCUGUUGUAUAUUUUUGACCAUUCAACAAUCACUGUCCUAUUUUUAUUAUAAUGUACUAAAUUAUGUAGUUUUGUUCUUUUAAACAUCUGUUGCUUUGGGCUUCAGUUAUUUAUAGUAAGUUUAGGUAUGAGAUAGUAAAAACUAUCCCUUUCCAGGUGAAAAUUGGCACCUGUGUAAAACUAAGGUUUUGGUAAAUCUCACAGUGGGAGAAAAAAGCAGGAGGUUGUCAUCCGUCCAACAUGAUGCAUUAUGCGUCCUCUAGGUUACUUUUCCAAGUGACACUCUCCUGCCCAUUCUUAGUAUCAUCCCGUCAUGGUCCUGCCCUGGUUUUGUUUAAGUUGUCAAUUUACAAUGUCGUGUGUUUUCAGUGAGAAACCGUAUGGCAUCCAAGUGUUUCAUGGUUUGUUGGGAAGGUAAUUUUAAAAUAAACAGUUUCCUAGAAAGAUUUGUCAGCCAAGGUCAUCCAUAAAGGUCCUUGUCUAGAACUCGUUUUCUCAGCAGGUCUCACUGUUGCGAUCCUAGGACGUAGCCAUAUCACCGUAGCCUUGGAGGAGGCCUGUGGGGCACUCCGAGCUUGACUGUAUCAGUCUACUGUUCUGGUAGAGGAAGACUUUCUUAAGCAUCAAGUACAGGUUUUUCAAAGUAUAAUCCUUAUGCAUCAAAGAAAUGAACCUCAAAUUAUUUCUUCAAUAAUUUAAUAAUUUCUCAGAAUUUUUUUCAAACUUCAUCUAACUAGCCUAAAUGUAACCUCUAGUCUUCCAUUAGUUACUGUGCGUGCAUGGCUUUCAUAAUGAGCACCCACGGUAAGAAGGGGUAUGUCUGCUGCACGCACCUGAGACCUCCAGCCCAUCAGAUACAGGCGCACCAAGAAUAAAGUACUACAGCUCGCUUGUCUUAAGCUUUACUCAGAGUCACUAACACAUGUUAGGAAGUUGUCUUCACCAUUUAAUACAGUUCUUUAGGAUAGCGUAGUAGCAUUUAGGGUUUUCCAAAUCAUGCAUUAUUUGAAUAGCUAAAACUGACUUGCCAUGGGAAAACUUAAGCAGGCUCCUGAGAGACACCUCUUGCAUUUCCUGGCAGAAGCUUACAUGCGGUAGGUGGUUUACAGCACCUUUUGUAAAAGUGUCCCACCGAGAAGCGAUUCCUCUGUCUGAGUUGGUCAUCCCUAUGUAUGAGCUUACCCGUGGUACACACUACACACAGGCAUACAAACAUGAAAAGACAUGGAUGGGAGGUGAAGAGGACUGGCCCCUGUCCUGCAAAGCCCUGCUCACCUCCUACAGAGACUGCUCAACUGCUUUCCAACCGACGUGGGUUACAGGAACUCCUCAAGCUUCCCUUCUGAUGUGGAGAUCCUAGAGGUAGUGGGGCAAUUAGCAGUAACCCUACUGUUGUAAAGACUACUGGGGUGCCCCAGGUUGAAAGCCAAUAAUUUGGAAUCAACUUAUUUUGUAAAACAUGUUUUUUUGGAGUACCGAACUUCACAGGGGCUUGCCUUAAUUUAGUAGUUUCAAGAUGUAUGCGCUAAUAUUCUAUGUGUUGAAAUGUUAAAAUAUUCUAUGUAGCCCCAAGUGUGGGUAAAACAAGAGUUUAAUGCCUAAAUAAAUAAGCUAAAAGGUGUCACUACAGCUGGAUUUUUUAGAGAAAGUGAACACAAAAAAUAGGCUAUGCGUCAUGAACAAAAAUGAUGGCACCUUGGGAUUGCACUAUUUCAUGCACUGUUUUAUAUGCCAUUUCAUAGCCUGCACUUUAACGUCCAAAGAAAUGCUGUGUGGUGCCCGUUCCUUGUUAGUGAGCUCAUUCUGUUUCACUCCACUGAGUUAGUUUCCUUAGCUGCCUUCCUUAUUUGAGUUCUCUGCAUCCUUAGCCAUAAUACUUCCUAGGAUCCGAGAACUCCCGUCUCAUCAGUUUCUAACCGUGUAGCAUUUAAUGUAAACCACAUCCUUGGUGAUCAGCACAGUCACAGAUCCUCUUCUAAUGGUGAGUACCUGUUUGUUACCUAAACCAAACCCUCAGAAGUAGACGCCGUGAGAUUUGAAUGCAGGAAUGAAAGACCUGAAAGGGAGCCCAUGAAAUGACACAGCUGCUUGGAAAUGACAGAUUCUUACAGGAAAUUGCCUAUCCCAUGCUUGAGAUCUGCGUGAGUUCCUUUAGCAGGCAAGAGGUUCAGUUAACAUUACUUAAAUGUAGAGCCUACCAUCUGCAGGAAGUUAGUUAUUUUCAACAAACACGUAAGUCUACAAAACCGACAGCAACCACCGCUGUUGGAGUGUGGCCACCGACUGUUGUCACUUUGAGUAAACAGCGUGUCACACAGAUAAGAACGAGGGUAGGCUUGAGUGAUGUUGACCUUUCCCGGUUUCCUAAGAAUCAUGGUUAUUAUCUCUGAAGCCCAAGCAUUAAAUCCACCUUCUCCCUUUGUGUCUGAAGAUAACCACACACUUUAGCAUAGGAAUCCAAUCAGGCCAUUGCCAAAGUCUAGUGGUUCAUACUGCCGAAAGGUUAGGCACGUAGAAGCUUCCUUUAUGUGCUGUCGUAUGUCUGUUUACUUAUGCUCGUGAGCAACAAUAAACCACUAGUUUACCUUCUGGAA